AUGUUUGCAAACGACUUCUUUGAACGAAUAAAGAAAGCUCAAGAAGAAGCCUUGAAACAUGACCCUAAACAAGAGAGAAUUAAAGGGCAAUUGCAACAUCUCUCGAAGGACUCUCGUGGUCUCAUGGUUCGUUAUGGAAGAAUUUGGAUUCCAUCCUCGUGCACGUUGAAGGAAACUCUUUUCGAUGAAACACAUAAGUCCAAAUCGGUUAACAAAAAGUGCCUUAUUUUGCCCAUUCGUGAAUCAUCAUCUUCCGAAGUUUUAGCCGAUUUAUUUGUGAAAGAAGUUGUAGCUCGGCAUGGCAUCCCCGUCUCUAUUGUUUCGGAUAGGGAUACUCGUUUUACCUCCCAUUUUUGGAGGAUGUUUCAUGAAGAUAUGGGUACUAAGUUACAUUUUAGUACCACAUACCACCCGCAAACGGACGGUCAAAGCGAAAGAACCAUCCAAACAUUGGAAGAUAUGUUACGAGCGUGCAUUAUUGAUUUUGGGGGACCAUGGGAUGCAUACUUACCUUUGGCAGAAUUUUCGUACAACAAUAGCUACCAUUCUAGUAUUAAGAUGCCACCGUACGAAAUGCUUUAUGGUUAUGUUAAAGGUAUCUCCAUGGAAGGGUUUGCUACGAUUUCGCAAACGUGGAAAGUUGAGUCCACGGUUCAUAGCCCGUUUCGGAUUGUAGCCCGUAUUGGCAAAAUGGCAUACCAAUUGGAGUUGCCCGAAGAGCUAUCUCGUAUUCAUAACACUUUUCAUGUGUCACAAAUCCGAAAAUGUCUUGUUGAUGAUGCGACGUGUGUUCCAUUAAAUGAAAUCGAGCUACACAAGAAGUUAACUUAUGUCGAGGAACCGGUUGCCAUAGUUGAAGAAGAGUUGGGAAGGAUAAACAAUAAGACGGUACACACUUUCAAGGUGCGAUGGAAACACCAUAAGAGCUCCGAGUAUACCUGGGAAACCGAGCAUGACAUGUUGGUGUACUAUCCGUCUUUGCACAUGGCAUGGAUCACGGGGACGUGA